UGUACUAGUACCGGUAGAAGCCAUCCUGGGUCUCAAAAUUUGAAACGAUGUCGCCACCGUACCCGUACCGGUACGGAUAGGAACUAAUGGAGUUCUGGAUGCAGCAGGAUCUUCUAACAAUUCCACCUGGCUUAUUUCUCUCUCACUGACGUCAUUCCCAUUCUUUUGUUUUCUUUGUCACCACAACAAACGACUUUGUCAACACUCAAUGCAUCGAUGACCAUUCUAGCUAGCAUUCCCAAUGGGCUCAUUAUAAUGAAGGCUGUCUUCGUUUUUCCAUGUGUGGACGUUGAUAUUGAAUAGAUGAGGUCUUUUUCGAACCUUCUGCUGUUGGUAUUAGUCUCAGUGCAAGCUCCCGUGAUAGCAGGGUUUUCUGUGGCAACUGGUGCUGGACAUCACUGCUAUUUCCCAUACUCCCCAUCGAAUGUGGCCAGAGUCGAUGAAUUCCCGAAGCCAACGAGACAAUCAACUUUCCAAGCAAAAAGAAGAAGACAAAUAACCUCAAUCGUUGCAAAAGUAACCUUGGAUCACCAGGAACAACAGCUGCAUCAAGGCCAUCCCGAGAAUAAUGUCACGGAAACAGAAUUUUCCGAUACCUCUUCUUCUCUUGCCCUCUGCAAUGACGUGGAUGCGAUAACCAAGAGAAACAGAAACGAUGAAGACAUGGCAUCCAUUACUACUGAUGCAACACUGGCAUCCUUGACAAUUGAUAACACCGACCCAAGCAUGUUGUCGGGGUUUCUGGGGAUGACACCCAAUGCCAUUUUGGCAUUGAAUAUGGUCGCCAUUAUUUGGGGAUCCCAACAUGCAGUCGUCAAAAUGGUCGUGGACGAUGCCCAAGCAGGUCCCUUUACUUUGCUCAGAUUUGCUAUUGGUGCUAUUAUCGCAACGGUCCCGAUGCUCUGGAUCAAUACAUCGCAAGAAGAACAUCCUGAUCAUCAGCAAGGCAAGAAUGCAAUCAAUUUUGACAACAAUCUACAGCUACAAGAUUCGGCUCAUACGAAUGGGACCGUCACUGUUCUUCGAUGGGGAGCCGAGAUGGGAUUCUGGAUGUUCCUCGGAUUUGCCUUUCAAGCCAUUGGGUUGGCCACUACCACGGCUCAACGUUCGGGAUUCCUGCUCUAUCUCAAUGUCAAGUUUGUACCCUUUUUCGCAUUCCUCUUGUUUGGCAGACAAAUCAGUCUGCCCACGUGGAUAUCCGCCCUCACGGCUUUUUGUGGAACGGCUCUCUUGGCAUACGACGGCACCUCUUGGAGUCUCAACCAAGGAGACCUCUGGAGCAUGGCUGCGGCGGCUGCUUCGGCCAUGUACAUUUUGAGACUCGAUACAGCUGCCAAUGCUGUUGGUGACAACAAUUCCGUAGCUCUCAAUGCUGCGUGUCUCUGGAUGGUCACGCUCUUGUCCGCCAUUUGGUCCUUCGCUGUAACUGGAGACGACAACACAGUACAACUCGUUCCACAGUUGAUGCACAUCAUCAAAUCUCAUCCCUGGGAACUCUUCUAUCUGAGUGCCGUCACCACGGCUCUGGCGAAUUACAUACAAACAUUGUCGCAAAAAGAAGUUUCGGCUGAGCGGGCAUCCGUCAUUUAUGCCAUGGAUCCAGUGUACGGAGCUGCCUUUUCCAACGUCUUGUUAGGAGAAAGUCUCAGCAGUUUGGGAUUGGUUGGGGCUGGAUUAAUUACAGCAGCUGCCGCCACCAACGCCUUGAUGGACUUGGGAGAAGAACAAAAACCCUCCAGCAAGGAUGAUGCGGCCAAACUUACUCGACAAGCUGACCGGGACAAACUCGACAAGUUGCAAUAGCAAGGCGAAUGGAUGACAUCAUGCGCGCGCAAGCACAUGAGGGUGACACGAAUGCAUACCGGUAUCUUGCACGCACUGGAGAGGCUGGAAUCGAAUCGAAUCCGCGGGCUCAAGCUUUGCAAACAGCUCUCGGAGAUGAAGUCAGAUGUGAAGCAGGAAUCCUUCUUCACAAUAACAAAGCCGAAAAAGGGAGUGCACAGAGGAACGGAAAUUAAAACACAAGAGCUCGUGUCUGGCCAUAGCAUGGAGAAACAGAACUUGCAAUCGCAACAAGCGUUCCAGAAACAUGCUUCUGACCUUCACCGCUAGCUAGAAGCAAUUAUUAAAAGUGAUAAUAAUAGACCAGUAGAUUAAUGCACU